GGUGGAGGUAGCCACCCCUGUCCGUUGGUCCUCAGCGCCUGGCAAUUGGGGAUAAACGGCCUCUGAACAUGGAGGCUCUUUGUAUUCCUGCCCUCCAUGAGCUUUGAAAAGCUGUCUAUGCUCGUGUCAGUGAAUUCCAUCGCUUGGUUUUGCAUUGUGUGAAGAAGCCCUUCCGUGGACUUGUCUAGAUCUAGAACCUGCUGCUAAUUAAUUUCAGGGGAUGUUGAGGUUCUUUCAGGACCCACCCCCGUUCCCGGGUUCUGGGGUACCGCAUGCCUGGCAACUGCCCCUUCUGUUCCCUGCCAUGCCGGAGUGGCUGCAAGGGACAAGAAGAUGCAGAAGGAUGCUGGGGUCUCCAUUGGCAGAGGCCAGACUUUUGGGAAGGUAGCCGUCUAAUGGCACAGCGGGGAAAUGACUUGAUUGGCAAGCCAGAGGUUGUUGCUUCGAAUCCCCGCUGGUGUGUUUUUCAGACUAGGGGAAACACCUAUAUCGGGCAGCAACAAUCUAGGAAGAUGCUGAAAGGCAUCAUCAUCUCAGACUGUGCGGGAGGAGGCAAUGGUCAACCCCUCCUGUAUUCUACCCAAGACAACCACAGGGCUCUUUGGGCGCCAGGAGUUGACACCAAUUCGAUGUCACACUUUGCCUUUGGACCCCCAUCGCAACUGUGGUGAGCUCAGGAUGGUCUUCCUUAGGAGCCCUCUCCCCAUCCCUUUCCCCAGCAGUUUGGGAAUCCCACCAAGGGAGCACAACUGGUGCUAGAACUGCAGGGGGGCAGAAGGACCUGGACCCCUCACCUUUUCUGAUGGCUUCCUUAGCUACUGCUUUUAGAAGACUACUGGAGCCGGGCCAUGGUUGGAGGGAGUCAGUGGGAGGGAUUUCGCCUUGCCUUCCCCGUAAUCUUAAGGACUGGCCGUGACGUCCCUUGAUGGUGGUCAGGAUGCCGACGGGAGGGGCUGUUGGUGGUGCAGUGGCAGAGCUCAGGUGCAGCCCCGGCAGCAUCUCCAGUUCACCGCACCAAGGAGAGGCUGUGCUGCUGCCACCUGCCCAGGUGCCAUUGCGGAGUGAGGACGCAGCUCUUUAUCUCUCCCCAGAGCGGUGGAAGGGCUGGACAGUGCCCGAGGACGCCAUGAGGGAGAAUUACGGAGCCACCAUUGCUCUGGGAUCCCCGGUUGGCAAGCCUGAGAUUGUCUCCCAGACUGAAGAAGGCAGGCCGCUUCCGGUCAAGGGUCAGGGGGAUGCAGAGCCCAGGGAGCCGCCUGACAGCACUGAUGCAGCAGGAGCUGUGCCUGCGGAGAGCGAGGGCACCACACAGAAUGGGCAGCAACCCGGGGAGGCCCAGAGGAGGGCAGAGGAACCAAGGGGCUUGGAGAGAAGCUGCCCAGGCGAGUGGCUGAUCCGGACCGUGAAAGUGGAGGCCGAGGACUACUCGGAGUGGCCCGCUGGGCUGAGCGCGGAAGUGCUGCUCUCGGGACUGCCUGUGGGGGGCGCCUGCAAGUCUGAGGCCCUGAACCCCGGGGAGGAGUACAGCCCUCAGGGGGCCCUGGGCGAGCUCUCCGGCCUGGCCCUGCAGCAGUGGCAAAUGCUGAGCGAGGAGAAGCCGCUGGGCUGCCCCAGAUGCGAGCAGCCCGGGGGGGCCCUCGGGGGCGGCCAGGGGGACCCCCGCCCCCGGCCCUUUGCGUGCUCCCAGUGCGGCAAGGCCUUUGGCAAGAAGGCCCACCUGACGCGGCACGCGCGCGUGCACACCGGGGAGCGCCCCUUCGCCUGUGCCCACUGUGGCCGCUGCUUCUCCCAGAAGAUCCACCUGGGCUCCCACGAGCGCGUGCACACCGGGGAGCGGCCCUUCCCUUGCCACCGCUGCCCCAAGAGCUUCCGCAAGAAGACCCACCUGGUGCGCCACCAGCUCACCCACACGGGGGAGCGCCCCCACCCCUGCCCCCUCUGCACCCGGAGCUUCGUGCAUCGCCGGCACCUCCUGCGGCACCAGCGCCUCCACCAGGAGCCUGCGGGGCCGAGGCGGGCUGCGGAGGCCUGUCACGGGGGUCCUGGCGGCAGGCAGGAUGCGGGGCCCUGCGGGGAGCUCCAGCCCCUGGGCCCGGUCGCGGCCCUCUCCCUGGAGCUGGGCCCGGCCCUCGGCCCUGGCCGGAGCCAGAGCCACCUGGGGCAAAGCGCCGUCUCCUACCAGGGGGUGCCUGAGCCGGGGCCGGGCCCCGCCUCCUACCUGGGCCCUGCCGAGCUGCAUCCAGGGUCCGUCCUUCUGAAGGCCCCGGCCGAAGAAGAGCUGGGCCGCGUGGCCGGCAUGGACCAUCCCCGGCAGAGGGAGGCCCUGACCCCCAGCCUGGCCGCCUACCCUGAGCAAGCGCUUUGCGGAGCCCUCUGUGGGGUGCAGGCCGAGGCGGCGGGGAGCCCCCUCUGCAUGGGGCAAGUGAGCAAGACCGAGCCGGAGGAGGAGGAGGCGGAGGAGGCGGCCAGCCGCUGCCCGCGGCCAGAAGAGAAGCCCUUUGUGUGCGCCGACUGUGGGAAGGCCUUCGCCUGGAGGAAGAACCUGGCUUCCCACCAGCGGCUGCAUGCCGAGGGCGGGCGCCCGUUUGCCUGUGCCGAGUGUGGGAGGGGCUUCAGCGAUAAGCGCCACCUGACCGCGCACUUGCGUGGGCACAUGGGCUUGCUGCCUUAUGCGUGCCCACACUGUGAACGGAGCUUUGCGCACCGGGCCGGCCUGGCUGCCCACCAGUGUGGGGGCCACAGCGGGCAGCGCCCCUUUGCCUGCGGCGAGUGUGGCCGCAGCUUUGCCCACAAGCGCCACCUGCAGAGACACCGGCGCAACCAGCACUCGGCCGAGCGCCCCUUCUCCUGCGCGCAGUGCGGCCGCACCUUUGGCACCCGAGCCAGCCUGCUGGCGCACGUCAAGUCGCAUGCUGGCCAGCGCCCCUUUGCCUGCCCGCUGUGCGGCCGGGCCUUCAGCCGGAAGUCGCACCUGGCCCGGCACGAGGCCGUGCACACGGGGCUGCGCCCUCACGCCUGCGCCCAGUGCCCGCGCCGCUUCAGCUCCAAGACCAACCUGGUGCGGCACCAGGCGGUCCACACGGGCCUGCGCCCCUACAUCUGCACCCACUGCGCCCGGAGCUUCAGCCGCAAGACACACCUCUUGCGGCAUGAGCGCACCCACACCAGCGCCCCCUCUUGGCCUGCUGCCAUGCCCCAGAGUGCUCUGCCCCAGCAGCAGCAGCAGCAGCAAGAGCAGCCAUUGAUCUUCCCCAUGGCUUUUGAAUCCACGUGGCAGUGACCCCGUGGCUCCUGGCCGGCAAGUGUCAGGUCUGCCUAAAACAACAUCGACAACAACACACACGACACCCUGCCACAUUUGCACCCUGAUCCCAAUGCUGGCAUCCUGAACCAGCUGCAUUUUGAGCAAAUGUACAUACGUUUGCUUAUUGCAUCAUUGGAAUGGCCAUGGCCUUAAGAGAACGGAGCUUUGCCUCAUUUAUUUCCCAGUGGCAAGUCUUGGAUGCAGGCAACAAACUCUACAGAGCCCUGAACCCCUCCACCCUCACCCUUCGUGGCAGGAAGCUGUCCUCGGCUCCACAUGCAGCUUCUGUGGUUUCACCACGGAUUGGUCGCAUACUUUCAAGCCCAUCCUCACCGCUUUGAGGGCUAGAAACUUCUCUUUGGGUGGGUGUGGGGAACAUGGAGACUAAGAUUCGGAGGCUGCUAAAGCCAAAGGUGACUUGUGGGUGUUUGCAGAGAACCACGGAAUACGUACAGAUCUGAGUAUACUUACCUGUCAGCUUGAUUGUAUUUGGGGAAACAAGCACUUGAAUAUCCCAACAUUUUCAUCUUUUAAAAACUAUGGAACAUUUUCAGUAACCGAAACCAAUCAAUUUAGUAGCAUAAUAAAGCAAAUGUAAAUUACGUUUUUUAAAAAACCCUUCUAUGAUGUAAACAAAAAUAAAGUGAUUUAAUUCUGA